AUGGUCUCCUCCACCACCUUCUCCGGCCUGGUCUGCCUCGUCCUCUCCCUCGGCCCCGCAACCGUCCUCUCCGCCCCUCAAAUCCCAGGCGUCCCCUUCCCGGAGCUGAUCAACCACGGUCCUGAGACCACCACCGACGCCGCCGGCAACACCGAGACAUCCGCCGGCAGCGGCGUCAACGUCGGCAUCCCCGGCGGUCCCACCGUCAACGUCGGCGCCGGCUUCCACGACUCCCACCGCCCCUGUGGCCCCAACGACCACCGCGCCGGCGCCGGCGUCCACGUCGGCAUCCCCGGCGGUCCCACCGUCAACGUCGGCACUGGCAAGCACUCCCACGAAGACGCCUACCCCUGUGAGCCUGAGACUCCGGUCGUCGUCGUCGUGCCUACCACCACUGCCAUCAACCCCCCUGUGACAACCGCCAACCCUCCCAUCUUGCCCCCGACCUUCGUCACGCCCAUCAGCAUCCCCACCACCACCGCUCCCGUCUGGGUCCCUGCUGUCCCCGUCGUACCCACCUCCACUCCCCUCAUCCACCCCGCACCAACCGCUACUCCCUCGCCUUCCUAUGCGCCUGUCUCGCCUGUUUUCAACGCUGGCGCAGCGCUGGCACCUGGCUCACUGCUUGCAGUCGCCAUUCCGGUCAUCAUGGCUUUCUUCCACUAA